AUGAAGCUUUCUUUAGCUAUAUUAGCUUUUGCUACUUUAUCGCUCGCUGUUCCCGCAGCUCCAAAUCAUAAACGUGACGAUUGUGCACAAACCCAAUACCAUGCUCAUCAUAAACACAAACGUGCCGUUGUCUAUGAUUACGAAUAUGUUACCAUCACAGUUGAUAGUCAGGGAAAUACCAUCAACCCUGUCCCAGAAUCACCCACUCCUGCAGUUGAAGUUGUUGCCCCAUCUUCUGCCCUGGAGGAACAACAAGCUCCUCCCGCCGCAAGUUCUGAAUCUCCUGCUGCUCCUUCCGAACCAGCACAACCUCCAGCUGGAGUCAACAACGGUAUACAGGGAGACUUAGGUGCUUAUCAAAACCCAACUCAAGAAUUCCCAGAUGGUGUUUACUCGUGCGACCAAUUCCCAGUUGGGCAAGGUGUUAUCGCAUUAGAUCAUUUAGGUUUCGGUGGAUGGUCUGGUAUCUACAACAGUGACACUUCAACCGGUGGUCUCUGUCGUGAAGGUUCUUAUUGUUCAUACGCUUGUCAAAGUGGUAUGUCCAAAACGCAAUGGCCAGAAGCACAACCAGCUAAUGGUGUUUCCGUUGGUGGAUUAAUUUGCAGAGGAGGAAAAUUGUACAAGACCAAUUCAAGAUCUAAUUAUUUAUGUGAAUGGGGUGUUGACAAGGCCAUCGUUCAAAAUACCUUAGGACAAACCGUGGCAAUCUGUAGAACAGAUUACCCAGGAACUGAAAAUAUGGUUAUUCCAACCGUUGUCGGUGGUGGCCAAACUUCACCAAUCACAGUUGUUGAUCAACAAACUUAUUACAGAUGGAGAGGUGGUUUAACUUCUGCUCAAUACUAUGUUAACGAUGCCGGUGUUGAUUGGCAAACUGGUUGUACUUGGGGUUCUCCAGGUUCCGGUAUUGGAAAUUGGUCUCCAAUUAACUUCGGUGCUGGUUACGACAAUGGUAUUGCUUACUUAUCCUUGAUUCCAAAUCCAAAUAACCGUGCACCAUUGAAUUUCAAUGUCAAAAUCGUUGCUGACGUCGGAUCUAGUGUUAGUGGUCAAUGUGUUUACGAGAAUGGUGUUUACAAUGGUGGUUCUGAUGGUUGUACUGUCGGUGUCACUACAGGAAGAGGUGUUUACGUCUUAUAUUAG